AUGGAGAGAUCGAAACAUCUUCCCGAUGAUGUUCAUCCUCUACUAUCCGAUAAUCCUCAUACCUUAGUACCGUUCUUAGAGAUCAAUCUGUAUCUCAAAACCUCAACACCGGACUUGACCAAGUUCUCAUCAACAUCAUCUCCGAGGAUGUUUGCAACUCACAUGCCGUUGCAUACAUUGCAAGAGACUCUCAAGGACACUCCUUGCAAUAUUGUGUACUUGUGUAGGAAUCCAAAAGACGUCUUGGUCUCACAUUGGUAUUUCAGGUGCACUAAUCUAGAGAAGAGCGAUAUUACUCUCGAGUCUAUGUUUGAUUUUUUUUGCAGAGGAGUUAGCUUCUACGGUCCAUUUUGGGAAAACGUUUUGAGCUAUUGGAGAGGAAGUUUGAAAGAUCCCAAGCAUGUGCUUUUCAUGAGGUACGAGGAGUUGAAAGCAGAGCCUCGAGGACAAAUCAAGAAACUUGCAGAGUUCUUGGGUUGUCCAUUUAGCGAGGAAGAAGAAAAUAGUGGAUCUUUGGACAAGAUCUUGGAGUUGUGUUCCUUACGUAAUCUGAGUGGUUUGGAGAUAAACAAAACGGGAAAGACGUUGAACAAUGUGCAUCACUACAGCUAUUUCCGGAAAGGAGAAGUCGGUGAUUGGAAGAAUCAUUUUAGUCCUGAAAUGGAGAACAAAAUCAGUAAGAUUAUUGAGGAGAAAAACUUGAAGGUUCGGGUUUGA